AUGUCAGAUAAAACUACAUUAGAAAGAAUUCUCGACGGUGAUACGUCAAUAGAUUAUACCAAGCUCAAGAACGUCAGCGGUAUGACACUCAAGGCUCUCGCUGACUUGGCAAGAAAGAGAAUAUACGAGCAAGUGCCUGACACGGAGAAACUACUUAAUGAAUACGAACGUCUUAAGAGCGAGUAUCAAUUGAUCAAUAUGAGAUACGAGUCAGCAGAAAGCAUUAUCAGAGUUCUGAAUACGACCGUUGAAACUCAAGCAAGUUUCAUCAACAGCUUAAAAGACCAAGUAAAACAACAAUCAACAUUCCUUCAACACUCAACACCUCGUUCCAACUCUCUUACGAGCGACAGUUCACAAAACCACGACGACGAUGAAAACAACAACAAUCGUCAGUCUUCAUCAAACCACCAUGAUGAAAAUAACAACAGUCGACAAUCUCCACCCACCGAAUCAUCUACAAUGAGAUUAUCACAAUUACAUUCAACAGGUACCUCAACUAGCUCCCAGUUAAAAUACAACGAUGCCGAACUUAGGUUACUCAGACUAUCCAUCAGCGAUAUUAAUAACAGGUCAAUCAAGACAACAAGAGAUAACUUGACCUUUAGAGCUAAGCUCCACCACGACUGUUCACCAGAACGAGUCGAAAUAGCGAUUUCCACCAUCUCCCAGAUCGAAGCAGUUCAUUCCAGACUAAGUUUCAAAUCAGUUGAAGAAUUGCGUGACAUUACUGAUACAUGGGAACACUUCUUAAAUUGGCUAGAAUCCGCUCUGCAUGUCAGAAGUACUAACUAA